UCGUUGCUCCCCUGCGCCCCAGACUCCUUGACCCUCUUUAACCCAUCUCACCCCUUCUCACUCAGCAAGUUCCUGGACCAGACUCUUGUCAUUCCCCCGAGAUGCUUGUCCCCUGCCCACGGCUUUGUGCCUGGCUGUCAUCCUGGAUUCUGACUUGUUUCAUCCCCACAUCCAGAGCGGAUGGGUAACCUCCCAAUGCCCCCCUCACUGGCGUCCAGCCUGUUGCCCCUGAGGCAGAGCCUGUCCCCCUCCCACGGUUGUCUUCAGGGACAGGAAGCUCCCCUUCUGUCUCCAGGGUUGCCAAAUAUCCUAACACAGUUCGGGAGACCCUCCUAUCACCACAGCCCCCCGCCCGCCCUGGCAGCACCAGGCCUCACCUGGAGUGUCUGUUCUUCAUGCCCUCUGCUCUUUCCUCCCACCUGGAAAAUUCUGUCUCUGUCAAGGGUGGUAUCUUCUCUAGAAAACAUUCUUGAUCUCUGAGAGUGACCCUCCGUCGUGUUUCUGUACCUCUUAGAACACUUAGAUCGCAUGAUUGGUCACAUGGGAUGGUUGCUGGUCUGUUUUGUUUUUGUUUGGAAGAUUUUAUUUAUUUAUUUGUGAGAGAGAAUGAGUGAGCGUGAGCAGAGGGAAGAGGGAGAAGCAGGCUCUGCACUGAGCAGGGAAGUCAACUCGAUCCUAGGACCCUGGGAUCAUGACCUGAGCCCAAGGCAGACAGACAUUUCACCGACUGAACCACCCAGAGGCGCUUCCCGAGGCAGGGCCAUGCUCACGUUCAUGGCCUCUGACAGUGAGGAAGAAGUGUGUGACGAGAGGACGUCCCUGAUGUCGGCUGAGAGCCCCCCACCACGCUGCUGCCAGGAGGCCCGGCAGGGCCUGGAGGACAGAGAGAGUGCUGCCCAAUGGUUCCAAAAUACCCGUGCCCGGCACCGCAGAGCCCACCACGGGGGCGUGCCAUGGCCCUCACCGAGCGGUUUUCCGCAGAGAAGCCAGGAUAGCGAGGAGGACCUCGACGAGGAUGCCGACCGCUACAUGUGCAGUGGGGUCCCCGGGCAGCCAUCGGGCCUGGAGGAGGAGCUGACCCUCAAAUAUGGGGCAAAGCACGUGAUCAUGCUGUUUGUGCCUGUGACGCUUUGCAUGGUUGUAGUGGUGGCCACCAUCAAGUCCGUGCGCUUCUACACGGAGAAGAACGGCCAGCUGCCCUAUGGAGCAGGCAGGGAGCAGAGUCUGCAGCCCGCCAUCUCCCUCAGCAUCUACACACCAUUCACCGAGGACACGCCCUCUGUGGGCCAGCGCCUGCUCAACUCUGUCCUCAACACCCUCAUCAUGAUCAGUGUCAUUGUGGCCAUGACCAUCUUCCUGGUCGUGCUCUACAAGUACCGCUGCUACAAGUUCAUCCAUGGCUGGUUGAUCAUGUCCUCCCUGAUGCUGCUGUUUCUCUUCACCUACAUCUACCUCGGGGAAGUGCUCAAGACCUAUAACGUGGCCAUGGACUACCCCACCCUGUUCCUGACUGUCUGGAACUUCGGGGCAGUGGGCAUGGUGUGCAUCCACUGGAAGGGCCCCCUCGUGCUGCAGCAGGCCUACCUCAUCAUGAUCAGUGCUCUCAUGGCCUUGGUGUUCAUCAAGUACCUCCCGGAAUGGUCCGCCUGGGUCAUUCUGGGCGCCAUCUCUGUGUACGAUCUCGUGGCUGUGCUGUGCCCCAAAGGGCCGCUGAGGAUGCUGGUGGAGACCGCCCAGGAGAGGAACGAGCCCAUAUUUCCUGCCCUGAUAUACUCCUCCGCCAUGGUGUGGACGGUGGGCAUGGCCAAGCUGGACCCCUCCUCCCAGGGAGCCCUUCAGCUGCCCUACGACCCUGAGAUGGAAGAAGACUCCUAUGACAGCUUUGGGGAGCCCUCGUACCCCGAGGUCUUUGAGCCCCCCCUGCCUGGUUACCCAGGGGACGAGCUGGAGGAAGAGGAGGAAAGGGGCGUGAAGCUCGGCCUGGGGGACUUCAUCUUCUACAGCGUGCUGGUGGGCAAGGCGGCAGCCACGGGCAGCGGGGACUGGAACACCACGCUGGCAUGCUUCGUGGCCAUCCUCAUUGGUUUGUGUCUGACCCUCCUGCUGCUUGCUGUGUUCAAGAAGGCGCUGCCCGCCCUCCCCAUCUCCAUCACGUUCGGGCUCAUCUUCUACUUCUCCACCGACAACCUGGUGCGUCCGUUCAUGGACACCUUGGCUUCUCAUCAGCUCUACAUCUGACGGGGCCGGCAGCCAUGGGAGGCUGUCGUGGGGGCCCUCACGUAGUUCUACACUCUAGUGCCAUAUAUUUUUAAGACUUUUCUUUCCUAAAAGAAAAAGAAAAGAAGUGUCGUGUUUACUUGGCGAAGAGGAAGAACCAACUUUCUGGUGCUAGUGGUUUUGUCAUCUGACCAUGGCUCACUGGCUGGAAGCACCGGGAGUUGGUUGGGACGCGCCCUGGACCGCUGGGCCACGUGGGGCGGGUGUGGCGAGGUCGCCCACCCCACACCACAGCCCAGGAUGCUUCGAGGGCCAAGCGAAGGAAGGGACCAGGAGCUCGUGCUCGGGAUAGCACCUAGCACCUGCCCGCGCUGGCAGGAGAAGAAAGCCAGUUUGCCCUGCGUGUAAUGUCCCCAACGCUUUGUCUGUGAUGUCAUCGUUAUUUUAUUACCUUUAGAAACCAAGUCCUGUUCUUGUUACAGCAGUUACUGCUGGGAAGUGGCUUAAUAUCAAUAAAUAGGUGAAUCUUCCUGGAA